CCUCUUUCCCUCUUCUCCUCCUCCCCCGCUGAUUCUUACCUCAAUUCUACCUUCUCCUCGUUCUUCAUCUCCCCCUCCCCCUCUCUAUCCUUAUUCACCAUGGCCGAGACCACUCCCACCCAGGCCCCCGAGGUCGACUACACCCUCAACAACCCCGACACGUUGACCAAGUACAAGACUGCCGCGCAGAUCUCUCACAAGGUCCUCGACGCCGUCGCUGCUCUGUGUAAGGAGGGAAGCAAGAUUGUCGAGAUCUGCCAGAAGGGUGACGAGCUGCUCGACGAGGAAAUUGCCAAGGUCUACAAGGGCAAGAAGAUCGCCAAGGGUAUCUCUCACCCCACGACGGUCUCUCCUAGCUCUCAUGUCACCCCCUACACCCCCCUCGUCUCCGAGGCCGAGGCCGAGACUACCCUGAAGGCCAACGAGAUCGUCAAGAUCCAGCUCGGUGCCCAGAUCGAUGGCUUCGGAACCAUCGUUUGCGACAUGGUCGUCGUCGGUGCCUCCGACGUGGUGACCGGCCGCGAGGCCGACCUGAUCCAUGCCACUCACUACGCCAACGAGCUUCUGCUGCGACUUAUGGUCCCCGCCGGCCUCCUGGCCGGUGGCUCCGAGGAGGAGAAGAAGAAGGCCGCCGCUGAGCGGGCCCCUACCCAGGCCCAGAUCUCCCAGCUCGUCGAGAAGGUCGCCAAGAUCUACGACUGCAACGUCGUCGAGAACACCACCAGCUGGCAGUUCGAGCGUAACGAGAUCGAGGCCGAGAAGAAGAUCAUCCUCACCCCCGGCUCCGGUGUCCGCGGCGAGGGUGUUCCCGACGUUGGCGAGGUCUGGGGUGUUGAGAUGGGUCUCUCCCUCGGAUCCGGCAAGGUCAAGAACCUGCCCCUGCGUGCCACCCUGCACCGCCGUACCACCACCACCUACAUCCUCAAGCGCCCCAGCUCUCGCCAGACUCUGUCCGAGGUCGUCAAGAAGUUCGGCCAGUUCCCCUUCAGCUUGCGCCAGCUGGAGGACGAGAAGGCCGCCAAGGUCGGUGUCGUCGAGUGUGUCCGUACCGGUGUCCUGCGCCAGUACGAGCCCGCCGGUGAUGCUGACAACGCUCCGGUCUCCCGUCUGUUGACCACCGUUGCCAUCACCAAGAACGGUCUCACCAAGCUCACUGCCCCCACCAUUGAUCUGUCCAAGUACCAGACGGACAAGAAGAUCGAGGACGAGGAGAUCCUCAAGAUUCUCGAGCGCCCCCUGUCCAAGUCGACCGGCUCGAAGAAGAACAAGAACAACAAGAAGAAGACCGCCAAGAAGGCCGGCGGCGAGGAGUAAAUGUCUCUCUAGAGGGACUCACCGGCGUCCACCGCAGUCUUGGAAUAGUGAAGAAAAAGCGACAAAUUUCUCAGGCCAUCGUUGGAACAUGUUCAUGAAUUGCCCCGAUGAAUCGGAUGGGAUGUGUAAUUGCAAAUACCCUUGAUAAUCAGAACGGAGAAUUGAGUUCCGCGAAUCCAUGGUGUUCGAAAGAACCAUAUAAGUGCCUUGUCUUUUUUCCCACGGCGACCUUUGAUUGAAACAUAUUGUCGCGUAUUUACUAGUUGAAUCAAACAGAAAAAAAAAAGGAGAAAGUUAUCUAUCAGCCAAUAAAUGACAUAUUAAGGAGGCGAUCUCGGACUCGAUGAAGCUUACCUACAUGACAUAGUAGAUUGCAUUUUUCAACCAUGGCCCCCGUGCUGAAGCCCUCGAAGACUUGAGGAAAUAUUGGAGCACAUCCAUUCGGACAAGGCCGCGACGGUGAUGAAGAGUCCCGCUGUCUUGAGGGAGAAUGCUGCCCAACAACCACCCACCGCGUCAACUCAGAUCUUCACCCAGCACCCUUCACGAUGCAAUUCUCCCUUGUCGCCUCCCUCUGCGCACUUGUCCUCUGCCUUCACCUCCGGCCUCAAACUUACCUACUAACUACAGCGACGGCGGCUGCGAAGACUUCAUCUCCGCCACUCCUAGCGUUCCCACCCCAGAGGCCACCAGUGCCAUCCUUCCUGAGGGAAAGCUGUUAGUGAAUACACGCUCUCUGUUCUGAUCCAUGGUCUCUAGGCAAUUGUAUCCUCUCUUGUGAUACGCUAUAAAUUACACCCCCCCUGAGGGUGACCAGCCACCUUCGUUGGGACUCCCUCACUGGAUAUUCCCUUUCAGCAACACUCACUAUCCAUUCACCUCUAUAAUAAAGUAAUAUCAGACCCAGACUUUCUCCCCGCCCAACAAUUGUAGUAGACUGGACAUGAAGCCUGUAGUCCCCGGAAAGGUCGGCAAGACCGGGAAGGAGGGGCGAAAGUACUCCGUCGAGCCCGAAAUCAGACAAACGAGAAAAUCCUAAAGAAGCUUUGAACAAUGAGCCAGCCUCCAAGCGACUUGGAUAGAAAAAGCAUUGAUCGUGCUGAGUGGCACCUGCGAAGAGGUGGAUGUAGGAGUGGGCCAAAUCCUUGCCCAACUGACUUCUCGGCCUGGCCUCGAAAGUAAUCUUCUUCUUCCUUCCUUCUCCGAUUCC